AUGGCUGGGAAUGAAAGUAACCUAUGGGGACAGCACGGUUUAAGCAGACACUGCUUUGACCUGGACAUGGACCACAGCCUCAGGGGCCUCCACCGGGACUUUGCCUCGCCUUUCUUCUCUGACCCUUACCUCGACUCGAACUCCCCUCUGCGGCCUCCACAAGAAGGAGACCAGGUGGUACCCUCGUCCCAGCGAGGGUGCAGCGUCCUGGGACAACGAGAGACCAAACCGCUGCCCCCUCUUCCAGACCCGGAGGAGCUCAUGUCGGACGAAGCCGCGGACCAAGAGGUGGAGUUCUUCACCAGCGACAGAUGCAGCCUUCUCCCCAAGUCCUUUCCCAAAGUGCCGUGCAAAGGCAGCAGUAGACACAACGGGCAGGUGAACUUUGCUUAUCAAGAAGUGGCGUUCGUUGAUAGGGACGCUGGGAACUUGGCAUUUUCAUGGCCUGGAUGCAAUGACAGACUACCAUCGAAAGGAGAUGGUUUCGGAGUACAUAGCUGGGAAAGCAGAGACUCAUUCUGGAGCAAACCGGACAAUUUAACCCCAAGAAAUCGCUUUUCUUUGUCAGUCCCUCCUAUUCCAGAUGAAAAACCGGAAGUACCACCACGCAUUCCAAUCAAACCCAAAAAUUUGACUCUUUCCAAUGACACUAAACCGCCAAAAAUCCCUCCGCGAGUUCCCUUAGUCCCGCCUUGCCCUCCCAGGACUCCAAGCCCGAAAAGUCUUCCCAUUUACAUCAAUGGAGUGAUGCCACCGACGCAGAGUUUUGCGGCAAACCCCAACUACGUCAGCAAGGCCUCCCAGCGGCAGCACAGCGAGAGGACGCCGGAUACCACCGCGUCAUCGCCGUGCAUUGUGCCCAUUCUGAAAGAUGGGCGCCAAGCGAGCACCACACACUACAUUCUACUACCUCCAGGGCAACCGGCGAGCGCCAGCCGGAGGGACAGACUGCAGAGCGAGCCGACCAGGAAGUCCAACGGAGGCUUCUGGAAAAGACGAUGA